AUGAGUUAUGAUAGAGCUAUAACAGUAUUUAGUCCAGAUGGGCAUUUAUUACAAGUAGAGCAUGCUUUAGAAGCAGUAAAAAAAGGUGGUUGUGCAGUGGCCAUAAAAAGUUCAAAUUUCGCUGUUUUGGCUGUUGAAAAAAAAAAUAUCCCAAAACUUCAGAACCCAAGAACAACAGAAAAGUUAGUUAAACUUGAUGAGCAUACUUGUUUGGCUUUCUCAGGUUUAAAUGCAGAUGCACGAAUUUUAGUUAAUAAGACUCGUUUGGAAUGUCAAAGAUAUUACUUAAAUAUGGAUCAACCUGCACCUGUUGAUUAUAUAGCAAAAUAUGUUGCCAGAAUACAACAAAAGUUUACUCAUAGAGGAGGGGUUCGACCUUUUGGAAUAGCAACAUUGAUAACUGGAUUUAAAAAUAAUAAAGAAAUUUGUAUAUAUCAAACUGAACCUAGUGGGAUAUAUGCAUCUUGGAAAGCCCAAGCAAUAGGGAAGAAUGCUAAGGUUGUUCAGGAAUUUUUAGAAAAAAAUUACCAAGAAAAUAUGGAAAAAAAUGAGUGUCUUCUUUUGGCUUUGAAGGCUAUAUUUGAGGUUGUCGAAUUGAGCAGCAAAAAUGUUGAACUUGCUCUCCUCACAGAAGAAGAAUUAAAAUAUAUCGACGAACAAGAAGUUAAUUCAUUGGUUGAAAUAAUUGAUAAUGAGAGGACAAAAAAAAAUGCCCAAAAUGAAUAA